AUGUAAACAAAAGACCUAUCGGCGAGCCUCGCCAUGUAGUGGUCAAUAUUACGGUUUCGUGUGACAGUAGAGGUUGACAUGAUACUCUAGUUUAACACGGGUCUUCAAGAUGGGUGAUCCAUGGGUGGUUACACCCGGUGAACGGGUGAAACAUGAAGAGCAAUUUAAUACUAUACGGCCCACCGGUGGUUUCAUCACAGGUGACCAAGCCAAGGGCUUUUUCCUUCAGUCUCGAUUACCUCCACCAGUACUGGGAAUCAUCUGGGCAUUGUCUGAUGUUGAUGGUGAUGGGAAGAUGGAUCUCCAUGAGUUCAGCAUUGCUUGUAAACUGAUUAAUUUAAAAUUACGAGGUUUCAAUAUCCCACAAGCAUUGCCAGCAUCACUCAAGCAAUCUGCUUGUGGCAGUACUGCAGGGACUGCAAGUUCUGUUUCAGCCAUGGGAACGUCCACUGGAUAUGGGAUGCCUAGCAAUGUAAGGAUGGCUGCUGGGGUAGGAGGAGGAGGAGGAGGUUUUACAGGUCUUGAUAUUGGCCUUUCACUCACUCCAGCCAGGGCUCCUGGUCCUGUUAUGUCACCUAUGGUUAUUACGACCAAUAUACCUACUCCUGCUGCCCCUGUUUCAGCAUCUAUCCCUAUUGCUCCUGUCUCAGCCUCUGCUGUUAUGGCACUUCAGGCUACAACAUCAAGUAGUCUUUCUAGUUUUGUAGCACCUACAACUGUAGGAUGCACUACAGGUGCUCUGCCAGGUACUAUGCCUGGUAUGGUCUCUGGGAUUAUGCCUAGUUUAAUCUCUGGACCAAGAGCAGGGACUGGGCAAGGCUCAGUGCUGCCAGCUUUACCCACAACUCUCCGGAGCAUGAUGGCCGGAGGUGCCUCGGUGAGGCCUAUGCAACCCAUGAUGGCAGGUGGUGUGCCCUUACCAGGGUUGACUCAGCAGAUGGUUCCAGCUCAACCAUUGGUUCCAACUCAACCAAUGGUUCCAGCUCAACCAAUGGUUCCAGCUCAGCCAAUGGUUCCAGCACAACCAAUGAUUCCAACACAACCAAUGGUACCUCUGGCUCCAAUGUCUAUGGUUACGACAUCAGUGGCUCCUGCACCUGCACCUCUAAUAUCUAUGGCUCCAGCUUCAGUAGCAGCAGCACCCAUUGUUCCAGCACCCAUGGUACAACAACCCAUUUCUUCAUUACCACAGGCUGGUAUGCCUAGUGUUCCUCAGCCAUCACAGGUAGGAGGCAUAGUGCCUCCCAUGAGCAGUGUUGGAGUGGGCCAGAUGCCAGUAGCAAGUACUGCAGUUGCAGCAGCAGUACCACCAGGUUCAUCAGCACCAACUGGUGCAGCAGUGCAACGUACGGGCAGCCAAGAGUCAGGUGGCUCUCAAACACCCGGUGAAUGGGCUGUACCACAAGCAAGUAAGUUGAAGUAUACACAGGUGUUCAACAUGUCAGACAGAGCAAAGACAGGAUUUCUGUCUGGGGUACAGGCAAGAAACAUUCUGAUUCAAUCUCAUCUGCCUCAACAAACAUUAGCACAGAUCUGGGCACUGUCUGAUGUUGACAAUGAUGGACGUCUGUCAUGUGAAGAAUUUGUACUAGCUAUGUACUUAUGUGAGUCUGCUAAAGCUGGAAGCAAACUACCAACACAGCUGCCAGCAGAGUUGAUCCCCCCCACCAAUCGCCGUCAAAGAACCUCCAGUAUUCACUCAACCAGCUCAGCAGGCACGCCUGUUACUGAUGUCUUAGGAGCAGUUAAUGAUAACACAUUUGAAGACAAAAGACGGGAGAAUUUUGAGAAGGGACAAGCUGAGUUAGAAAGAAGACGCAAGGCUCUUCUGGAUGCUCAAAGACGGGAAACUGAGGAGAGACUUCGCCGAGAACGUGAAGAGGAGGCUAAAAGGGAAAAGGCCCGUCAAGAAGCUGAGCGUCGAAGACAAGAGGAGCUAGAACGUGAAAUGCAACGGCAACGAGAGAUGGAAGCACAACGAGAACAAGAUAGAAAACGGCAGGAAGAGCUAAGGGAACAAGCACGCAAGGAUGCUGAACUUCAGAGGCAUCAAGAAUGGGAAAAGCAACGACUUCAGGAAUUAAUGAACGUAAGGCAGCGUCAACAAGAAAAUCUCUUGUCACUGAAGGCUAAAAAUCAGAGUUUGUCUAUAGAACUUACAACAAAGGAGGAUAGAUUAAAGGAACUAACGCAAAAAAUCAGCGAGACUCGCCAGGGAGUGACAGAAGUGAAAGCAACCAUUGAUACAAUGCGGUCUACUCGUGAUACUUACAUGUCGGACAUGAAUCAUCUCAAAGCAGCAGCACGAGACCAGAAUCAGAGGUUAUUGGCCCUUAAUCAGGAAAAGGCUCGCUUGAAGGCACGGAAUACAGCAGCUGCUGGAGCUAGUGGAGCUGAACAAGCAGCAGUUGAUGCUUCAUUUACAAGCAAACAGAUGGUUAUAAAGCAGCUGCAGGAGAAGGUUGAAGAAUUACAAAAAGAGUUAUCAUCAAAACAAGAAGAUGUCAACAAUAAUAUAAGUGAUCUUUCUUUAAUGAAAGAAGACAUGCACGAAACAGCAGAAAGGUGUGCAAAAAUAUUCAUCGAAUAUUCUGCAAAACGAAAGGAGGUGCUGAGGCUACGUGAGAAGCUAGUGAAUCCAGAUGCAGCGUGGGGUGAUGCUGCCAGCUCAACUUGGGCAGGUAAAGGGUUUGGCAGUGGUGGGGCUAGUGCCUGGAAUAGUGCAUGGCCCCCCAGUCAGCCCAAAGAUGCAUGGCCCAGUAGCAGAGCUGAUGGUAGUGAGGCCCCCACCAGUAGUCUACAGCCUCUGCAGGAGCAACAGCAACAUGCAACAGAACAACAACCUCCAGCACGUCCCCCGCCCCCUUCCACAACCACCACUACCACCACCACCAUGCCCUUUAUGGCUGCUACUGGCACUUUAAAAGAGAAGCCGGCAGUACCCCCAGCCCCCCGGGAAGUUGAAGGCUUCACUACCACCAACUCCACUACCAUCAACAACAGUACCAGUGCUGUGGGCUGGGGGAUCCACAAAACCACACCCCCUUCUUCCUCCACUACCACCACAGCCCCUUGGGGGGUGUUCUCCACCACUUCCACCACUACCACCACCACCACCACUACUACCACCCCAUCUACCACUUCCACUACACACCCAGAUGUACCAGAAAACAAGGCAGCAGUUACAAAAGACACGGAGGUGGUUGUGCGUCGUCGGGCACUAUACCAGUUUGAUGCGCGUAACCACGAUGAAAUAAGUUUCAUGCCAGGCGAUAUUAUUGUCGUCACCCUGCACGAAGGAGUGGAACCAGGCUGGCUUGGUGGUGAACUUCGUGGCCAAACUGGGUGGUUCCCAGAAGCUUACACUGAAGCUUUUGAAGAAAAGGAAGAAGCUGCACCAGAGUCUCUCAUCCGUACACAGCUGGAAAAUAUCCCAGAGGAGGGUGUAACCACAGCUGGAGCCCAGCAGAAAACAAUGGGUGAAGCUGUAGCAGUGUUCCCUUGGAGAGCCAAGCAAAAUAAUCACUUGUCAUUCAAUAAGGGUGAUCGCAUCACUGUUAGGGAGAAGCAGGAUCAAUGGUGGUAUGGAGAGCUGAACAAUGGAGCUGGUUGGUUCCCCAGGUCAUUUGUAAGGAUGGUGUCAGGCCCUGCUGCUGUCACAUCUCCAGUAACAACUCCACAGGAAGCUCCAGAAGAGCCGCCAAUGCCUGAAAACUUGGUCCAUGAUGAAGUCUCAGAGUUUUAUCAGGCAUUGUAUCCUUACCAGUCCGGUGAGCCUGGUGACUUGACCUUCAAUGCUGGGGAAAUUAUCUUGGUUGUCAAGAAAGAGGGAGACUGGUGGCAUGGAAUAAUCAACCAGAAUUGUGGCAUCUUUCCUUCCAAUUAUGUUGAGCAUCUUCCAAAUCAGUUUAUUACAAGCACUGGAGACAAUGUUGCGGAACAGAACGUUGUGGUAGCUGCCUCGCAGGAACAGGUGGCCGUAGGAGAGAAGCAAUCAAAGGCAGAGGAACAAGUAAUUGCCACUGAAGAUUAUAAUGAGGAGCAGACAAAAACGGCUGCAACUCCCACCACAGUGCAGACUCCUGACUCGGCUAAUCUCAAAGUCAAUCAGGACGACGAACUAGAAAACAAGGAGGUGAUGGAGCUUGCUAAGUCACCAAAGUCACCAAAGGGAAGUAAAGGGAAAAAACCAGAAAUAGCAUCAGUCCUAGCGCCAUAUGAUGCCACUAGCAGUAACCAACUCAGCCUACAGCGUGGACAGCUGGUCAUGAUUCGCAAAAAAACUGCUUCUGGAUGGUGGGAAGGAGAACUCCAGGCUAAAGGCAAGAAACGUCAAAUUGGAUGGUUUCCUGCCACCUAUGUUAAGGUUUUGGGUGGAUCCUCUCGCUCCACUCCAGUAUCAAUGGAGAUGACCAAUAGAGAAGAUGCUCCACCUGAUGACAUACAAAUCCCAGAAAGCACAAGUACUUCACUAACACAAGUUACUAUUACUCCACCUACUGAUGAGCCCAUGAAGGGUCCUAAUGAUGCAUCUAACGGGUUUGCAGAACAAGUAGAAGCAUUAUAUCCUUACACUGCAAUGAAUGAAGAUGAACUCACUUUUGAAGCUGGAGCCAUAAUAUCUGUGAUAGAUAAGGAAGAUGCAGCCUGGUGGAAAGGGACCCUUGAAGGUGCUAUUGGUGUCUUCCCUUCCAACUAUGUUCAGCCUUACACUGGCAUUUCUUCUGUGGCUACCGUUGGAACUCCAGAUGGGGAAGACUCCUUGUGUUAUGAGACCACCUACAGAGAUGGUCAUAAUGACAACAGAAGCAGAGCAAGUUGGCAUUUCUCACCAUCAUCUCCAAUAGAACAAAAGCGUCAAAGUGUUAUUCGGGAAAUAAUAGAUACAGAGGCUACAUAUCUUAAGGAACUUAUAUUAGUUGAAGAGGCUUUUAUCAAGCCCAUGCGUGCUACUGGCAUCAUUAGUGAGAAAGAACUUGACCUGUUAUUUGUGAACUGGAACGAGCUGAUCCUGGUUAAUUCAUAUUUCAAUAAAGCGCUAAAAGUUCGUUGCAUGAACAGCAGAGGGGGCGUUACUAUGAUUGCUGAUGUUUUGUGUCAGCAGAUAAGUCAGUUAACACCAUACCUGAGGUUCUGCAGCAUACAAAUUCUUGGGGCAACUUUACUAGGCGAAAAAUGUGCUGCUGGAGGGCCAUGGGCAGACCUUGUGAAGCAGUGCCAGGAGCAUCCAGCUGUCCAGGGCUUGACUCUUACUUCUUUUCUUCUGAAGCCAAUGCAGAGAAUAACAAAAUAUCCUUUAUUAAUAAAACAGUUAUUAAAAUAUACUCCUGAAGGACAUCCUGACAACUUUAAUACUCAAGAAGCAUUAACGGCUUCUGAAACUCUCUGUGCACAAGUUAAUGAGGCAGUGAGUCAGAGGGACAAUACUGAUAAACUGGAAUGGAUGCAAAGGCAAGUUAUCUGUGAAGGCUUACAUGAACGUUUGGUUUUCAACUCGCUCACCAAUACCCUUGGGCCCAGGAAACUUCUUCAUACCGGUGUAUUGCAUAAGGCUAAGAGUAAACGUGAACUAGUGGCAUUUCUUCUAAGCGACUUCCUCUUGCUGACAACACCAAACAAAUCGGUGUCUUCAUGUACCACUCUUGCAGCUUUGGAAAGAGCACUAAUAUCAAAUUCUUGCACAAUGUACCGCAAGCCUAUGUUCUUAACAGAAUUAAGAGUAGAAGCAGACAAAGAUUCAGAGGUGUGCUACACUCUUAUUAGUCCUAGUUGUGGGGAUGUCAGCAUUUCGGCACCAACAACACAUGAGCGUAAUAAUUGGCUAAAGAAGAUUGCCAUAGCACAAAAACACAUUAUUGAUACUGAAAGAUCAAUCCUUCACCGACAACAGUCUAAAGAGAAAGACAUGAGCAUAAUGGGCCGAGUAUUAGUGACCGUCAUGGCAGGAGUCUCCUUAAGUGAGAGACAAAGUGAGGUUCGAGAAAGACGACCACAGGGAAUCCUCCGUACACACAUACUCAGCGGAACUAAGCUUGAUUCCUGGGGCAAAGGAACUCUGCAGUCAUUUUGUGAAGUAAGCUUAGGCUCACAAGCUCACCGCACAAGCAUAGCAGUAUCUCCUCAUCCAAAAUGGGAUUCUACCAUGCAGUUCCUUGUUAAGUCAUUGUCUGAGGAUGUUCUCUGCAUUACAGUGUAUGAGAAGGGUUAUUUCAAGCCUAAUGAAUUUCUUGGGCGAACAGAGAUCAAAAUCCACCAGGUUCAUGAAGAAUCUAAGAGUGAGCCGGGAGCACAACCGCAACUUUACAAACUCAAACUUCAGGAAGUCAAGUCUGGGGAGGUCAUCUUAAAAAUCUCACUUCAACUUUUUGAUCGUUCUUAGUAGUAAUAAUCUUGUACAUAUAAACCUCCUGUUUUCUACUAAGCAUAAUUCAAGUUAUAGCAGGCAACAGUACUGGUUUUCUUUGUCAUGAUAGUUUAUUUAAGAGGUAAAUAAAGAAAUUUUGAUUCCACCAAGUAAAGAAAUUACCGGUAAUUUAUCUGUUAUAUGUUUUCAUAUUUUAAGGUACAGUUUUAUGUUAUUAAUGACAUAUACAUUGCAUAGCAUUACUUUUGUGCUAAUGUUUAUAUAUAUAUAUAUUAUAUAUAUAUAUAUAU